UUCCUCUUUGACCAUUCCAAACCAAAAUCUUUUAUCUCGCCGCCGAUCAAAAAAAAAAAACCCUAAAGUUUCAAUCCUCACCUCUUCUUUCGCUCCCUCCCUCUGUUUUGCUUGCUUCUCGUUGAUUUUAAAAGACAGAAUCUUGAUCGGAGAUGGCGAAUUCGUGUUUGAAAGGAGGCAAAUUCAGCGCACCAGGGUUUCGAUUCCACCCAACAGAUGAGGAGCUGGUGGUUUAUUACCUCAAGAGGAAGAUCUGUGGUAGAAAGCUCAGAAUCAAUGCCAUUGGCGUCGUUGAUAUUUACAAACUCGAUCCUUCCGAACUGCCUCGUUUAUCGGUGUUGAAGUCUGGAGAUCGACAGUGGUUCUUUUUCACUCCAAGGAACAGGAAGUAUCCAAACGCAGCUAGGUCUGGUAGAUGCACAGCAACUGGGUAUUGGAAGGCCACUGGGAAAGAUCGUGUCAUCGUGUACAACUCGAGAUCCGUAGGACUCAAAAAGACGCUUGUUUUCUAUAGAGGUCGUGCUCCUAGUGGUGAGCGUACUGACUGGGUGAUGCAUGAGUACACCAUGGAUGAAGAAGAGCUCGGCAGAUGUAAGAACGCCAAGGAAUAUUAUGCUCUUUAUAAGCUCUACAAGAAAAGUGGGGCUGGUCCCAAAAACGGCGAAGAGUAUGGUGCCCCUUUCCAAGAAGAAGAAUGGGUUGACCAUGAUGAUGAUGAUGAUGUUGCUGUACCGGAUGAUCAUGUGGUCCGUUAUGAGAACAACCCUCCUCCUGUGGGUGAUGGUUUAUUAUGCAAUCCUGUCAGUAUUCAGUCGGAUGAUCUCGACAAGCUUCUGAAUGAAAUCCCAAAUGCACCAGGGGUUGUUGCUCAAAGACAAAUGAAUGAGCUCUCUGGUGUUCUUCAGGGUAUUAGCGAAGAAGAUAUAGAGAGCGUGUUGCUGAAUAAUCCUCCUGGAGAGUCUCUUGUCCCCUGGGAUGUCGGAAAGGCCUUGCCGAAUAGCCACUGGAGUUUUCAGUCAAAUAUGAGGUCAGCAAACUCAUUUGAAGCUACUGAGGUCAAAUCAGCUUUCAAUACCUCUGGUAUAGCACCUUUGGUGUUUGACAAGGAGGAUUACAUUGAAAUGGAUGAUCUUCUGACCCCUGAACUCGGAGCUUCUUCAGUUGAGAAACCUACACAGUUCUCGAACCCUGGUGAAUAUGGAGACUUUAAUGAUUUUGACCAACUGUUUCGUGAAGUUUCCAUGUCUUUGGACAUGGAACCUAUUUCUCAAGAAGCUUCUCUGAGUAGUGUUUCUGUUAACGACGGAAGACAAUUCCUUUAUCAACAACAGUUUCAGGAUCAGACUUUUGAGAACAAGCUGAACAGCUUCAUGGAUACUAACACAAAUGUCGAUCAAUUCACUGAGGAUAUGUGGUUUAAAGAUGCUCAGGCCUAUCUCUAUGAUCAACCACAGUCUUAUUCUCUAGCACCUUCAUCAGGUGUGAUGCCUGAAUCUACCAAUCCUACUAUGAGUGUAGAUGGCCAAAACCAGGGAGGCCAAAAUGUUGGUGGUGGAACAAGGAGCCAGUUCUCAUCAGCUAUGUUGGCAUGGAUGGAUUCAAUACCUUCAACACCAGCCUCUGCCUGUGAGGGUCCACUUAAUAGGACCUUUGUGCGUAUGUCUAGCUUGAGCCGUAUCAGGUUCAACGGGACGUCAGUGACUGCUAGCAAAGUCACCGUAGCUAAGAAGCGUAUCAGAAACAGAGGUUUGUUUGUCUUGUCAAUUGUGGGUGCUUUGUGUGCCAUCUUCUGGGUGUUCAUCAUAGCUACAGUUGGUGUCUUGGGAAGGCCUGUCUUACUGUGACCUAAACUCCUUGAUCCACAUUUAGUGAUCACGGCAUUAUAUAUGACGCGUUGACUAUGUACAGAGUUUGAAGAGUUUUGAGAAAACCAAUUCUUGACAUAGGUUUGUUUUGGGUCUCUCCAUUUCAGAUUCUUUUGAUUGCAUAUCUUCUAGAGUAUUCAUAUUCAUAUUCACACAACCUUAGGAGAUAGCUAAAUCUCAUGUAAACCGUUGAGAAUUUAUUUUCAUAUCUAGAAGAACCUACAACACAAUACAUUUGUAAAGAAUGAUUGCUUUUCAAGUAUUUUACAAGUUACAGGUCUAUAUAGUGAUGGGAAAUAACGUAAUUGGAUUGGAAACUGGAGCAAAAUGGAAGUCUUGAUCAAGAUGCGUUGGAAAAGUAACUGGGAUCUCUAUCGAUUCCACCUAGGAUCGAUCGAUCGAUCUAGUCUGACAUAGAUUGCUCUAUCC